ACGGCCGCAUCCUACCCACCCAUGACAGCCUUCCUGGCCACACCGGGCGAGGGCCCCCCCUCAGGCACCAUCCCCGGGUGGGCGUGCGAGGGGCCGGGGGCCGGCGGCAAGAACCGGCGCGUGUGCCACGCCGCGGCACGGCUGGAGAUGGGCAGCCUCUGGGAGGAGUUCAACCGCCUGGGCACCGAGAUGAUCGUCACCAAGGCGGGCAGGAGGAUGUUCCCCACCUUCCAGGUGAAGCUGUCGGGGCUGGACCCGUCGGCCGACUACGUCCUGCUGAUGGACUUUGUCCCGCUGGAUGACAAGAGAUACAGGUACGCCUUCCACAGCUCCUCCUGGCUGGUGGCCGGCCGUGCCGACCCAGCGGCCCCCGGCCGCGUCCACUUCCACCCCGACUCGCCCGCCAAGGGGGCCCAGUGGAUGCGGCAGAUCGUCUCCUUCGACAAGCUCAAGCUCACCAACAACCUCCUGGACGACAACGGCCACAUCAUCCUCAACUCCAUGCACCGCUACCAGCCCCGCUUCCACGUGGUGCUGGUGGACCCCCGGCGCGACAGCGAGCGCUUCGCCCACGAGAACUUCAAGUCCUUCAGCUUCCCCGAGACCCAGUUCAUGGCGGUGACGGCUUACCAGAACCACCGGAUCACCCAGCUGAAGAUCGCCAGCAACCCCUUCGCCAAGGGCUUUCGCGACGGCGAGCCCGAGCCGUGGUAAGGCGCUGGGUGCUGCCGUGACGCCGCGGUGAUGGGCUCCGCACCGCCUGCCCUCAGCCACCCUCCCCAUCUCUCUUGCAGGUGCGGGGGCACGCUGUCCCCCCCCCGGGCUGCUGCACAGCAGAAAGGUCGGGGGGCUGGGGGCCGCGCUGCCCCCCCGCUGCUCCCUCACGGCCGUGGGGCGCUGGCAGCUGUGCCCCCCCCCGGCUUCCCCGCGCCACCUUUCCAGCCCCUCGCAUACCCCCACGGUGUCUACGUGGGGGCCAAGCCCCGCGCCGGCCCCUACCCACUGCCCCCCCUGCGGCCAGCCGGCUUCAGCAGCGCCGCGACCGCCUUCGGCUACGGGCAGCAGUGAGGGGGGCACCCCCUGCACCCCCCCUUGGACCCUC